AUGGACACUGCAAACAGAUCGGUGUCGGCGUGCUUACGUUGCCGACGACAGAAGCUCAAAUGUGGAGGUCCCGGCAAAGUCCCUUGUGCGAGGUGCAAAGCGAGCCGCGCUGAAUGUGUCUUUGUGAACCCCCGGGCAUCGCGUGCCUCGAGCAGGUCUAGGCACAUUGCUGAAGAGUUAGAUGGUAAAUGGUCUGCUUUGGAACAGCGGAUGAAUAGCUUGGAGGAGAGGCACCAGAAAGAGUUGAGAGAACUACAAAGCACCGUCUCUCGACUGUGCGCCCGGCUGGAAUCUAGUACAAAGAAUGGAUGUGAGGUGUCAUUGUCGAAUGAUGAGCUGCUCGCUACGAAUCGAGCCAAGGAUACGGCCUCAUUUGACAUCGUGCGCUGCGGUACGGUUACUGAGGAUGAGUGGGAAGAGCUUUAUAAUUUCUUCGAUGAGCACUGCCGGACAGCCAUCGCAUUCAUGGAUGACCAGCUCUACUCGGCGGCGCACGUCAUCCGCAAACAACCUCUGAUGGCGACAGUGAUCUGCGUCAUUGCAUCCAGGGCAGUCCGUCCUGAGAAUCACGCCACCUAUCUUGUCGCAGCAGAUCAGAUAAUUAGCACCACGUUCUCUGGCGCCAUAGAUCUAUACACUGUCCAGGCCAUGAUGCUUCUCGCCGCCUGGACUGGCAGGCAUCGUCUAUGGGGAUAUGUAGCUUCUGUCGCCGUGGAACUAGGCUUGAAUGUGGCCGCGCUAAAAUUGGGAGAUGGUUCUGUCGAACACACAGCAGAAUUGGUCAGCUCAGCAAGGACGUGGUUCUCCUUGUGUUGCUUUGACCUAAUGAUCAAUCUUGAUCGACCAUUUGUCCUUUACGAUAUUAUGGACUACCUGCCUGUUGCUUCUCAGCUUCUACUUUCUCCCCACUGCAGACCGGUGGAUUACCGACUUUGCGCGUAUUUGCAGGGGUUUUCAAUUACCGCCGAAGCCAAAACGCAAAUAGCCAGCGCAGAAUUGCGACUCGAUCCACUCCCUGAUAGUGUUGUUCAGAAAUUAAGAGCCCUUGAUCAGAAAAUUGAUCGCUGGUUCUACCAUAUCAACAACAGCAUGGAGCCGCUCUACCAGACCUUUGCUAAGAAGCAAGACCGGAAUCGCUUUAUGGCUCCCUACGCAUUUUUGAAGAUUUACGUGAACGGUCUUGCUUUGCACGGGAAGGAGUCUCAACACGGAAGCGCAGAUACUAACAGGAUGGCGUUCAUUCAGAGAGCUCUCGACAGCGC